AUGAAUAAAUUUAUCGUGAUACUGAUUGUUUCAUUGCAGUCUAUAACGAACGCCAUUGCCGUUAAUGAAUGCGGCAUUAUUCCGAUUAAAACAUGGAGUGGCCAAACGAGUCGAAGAACUGAAGAAUUGGACACACCAGUGAAGCUUGUUGUCAUACAGCAUACGGUGUCUACCCCGUGUCACACUGACAAGUUCUGCGAAGAUAUUCUCCAGAACAUUCGAGAUUACCAAAUCAAGCAGUUACAUUUUACGGAUAUCGGCCCCUCAUUCCUGAUCAGUGGCCAUGGAAAAGUGUACGAGGGGGCAGGUUGGAACAGAGUCGGGGCGCACACGCGAGGUUUCAAUGACAAAGCUAUUGCCAUUUCUUUCAUAGGCGACUUCACUUAUUUGCUACCUUCACCAGAAGCCUUGUAUGCAGCUCAGCAAUUACUGGAUUGUGGAGUGAAAAACAAUUUCUUGACUGAAGAUUAUCGUUUGUGUGCUUUUGACGACGGGAGAACUCGGUACUUCGCAAUGCAUUUCGCGCUAUUAAGUUAUUGCAGUGUUAUUCUGUCUCUGCAAUGGUGUUUUGCGGGUUCGAGUUGUCCAACGAUCGUGUCGCGUAAAGACUGGGAUGGUCUACGUCCAGUCCGAGUGAAGUAUUUGCCAAGGCCCGUGGACCUCGUGAUCAUCCAACAUACCGCCACUUCCACGUGUGAAACGGACUCUGGCUGCGCUGAGCUAGUGAGGAACAUCCAAUCCUAUCAUAUGGAGAGCCUCAACUACUGGGACAUUGGACAUUCGUUUCUUGUUGGUGGUAAUGGUAAAAUAUACGAAGGUCCCGGUUGGCUACACGUGGGGGCUCACACAUACAAUUACAAUAGUAAAUCUAUUGGUAUUGCUUUCAUCGGGAAUUUUAAUAAUGACGAACCGAAAACUAAGGCUCUGGACGCUGUGAAAGCGUUGAUUCAGUGCGGCGUGCAGCAAGGUCAUUUGACCUCUAACUAUCACGUGGUGGCCCACCGUCAGCUGAUAGCCAUCGAGAGUCCGGGUCGUAAAUUAUACAAUGAGAUCAGGAGGUGGCCAGAUUGGUUGGAUGACGUCUCUUCAAUCAAGAAC